GGCCUGUCAUGGCGGCCCCCACUGACUAAAAUCAACAAUCAGGGAGUUGAGCUUCGACAAAACGAAUUUUGUAUUUUGUAGGAUCCAAACGUUUGGAAAUUGAGCAAAGAUUCUGUAGAGUAGUAAAUUCCAUACAGUGAUCAAGGCAUAUAGGAGAUAUGCUGUUAGCUGGGAAUGAUGUCAAGUAUUUUAUUGAUCGAGGCUUUUUACAGUGGCUCACAUUCACAGUUGAUUGACACCCUUGAAAACGGCCUAGGAGGCUGCAUUAAGUACACUUUACCAGGCAAGAAGUGGCACUGGAGGGCAAGGACUGCAGCUCUUUAUUUUUCUCAGGAAAUUGUACCUAGCCACGAGUAUAGAAUUCUAUUUACCAGCUCAGUGUUGAAUCUGGCGGAAUUGAUAGCUUUGCGCCCUGACUUAUUCAAGUUAAAAAAGAUUGUUUACUUUCAUGAAAACCAACUAGUCUAUCCAGUCAGAAAACAGCAAGAUAGAGAUUUUCAAUAUGGAUACAACCAAAUAAUAACAUGCCUAGCUGCAGAUGUUGUUCUUUUCAAUUCCCAGUACAACAUGGACUCUUUUUUGUCAUCCAUUGGGACAUUCCUAAAACUGAUGCCAGACUUUCGUCCUAAAGAUCUCGCUGAGAAGAUUAGACCAAAAUGUCAAGUGUUGUACUUUCCAAUAGAUUUUCCUCAACUUAAAACAGAAAACAGUGCAAUGUUACAAGAUGGUAAAGAAUCAUCCACUACGAUAGACACUUUGGAGACGUGUAAUCUAACAGAGCAAAAUGAUUCAUUACAGAAGAAAAUGGAGACUUUAGGGAUGAGUUCACAGAUAUCUGCUAGUGGAGUAUUUGAUUGUAAUAAUGUGAAAUUGAACUUGGACGAAGCAUUACAUCAACCAGAAUUAAUGAUACCCAUUGAGCAUCGACAUUUUUGCCAAAAAGACUUGAAUUCAACCAGUAGUUUAAAUGAAGAGUGUACAGAUGUUUGUGAUCCUUCAGCAGAUGAAAUACGAACAUUCAAUUCCAGCUCAAUUUCUCAUCAGACAUCUCCUUUAAAAAUAAUUUGGGCUCACAGAUGGGAGCAUGACAAAAACCCAGAACUUUUCUUUAGUACAUUAUACAAAUUACAUGAGAGUGGAGAAAGCUUCAGAAUCUCUGUUCUUGGGGAAAACUUCUCUGAAAUUCCAGAUAUAUUCAAGGAGGCAUAUGAGCAGUUAAAAGAUUACAUCUUACAUUGGGGUUAUCUAAAGUCAAAGGAAGAGUAUUUCAAAGUAUUGAUAGAGGGUGACAUUGCAGUAUCAACAGCAAACCAUGAAUUUUAUGGCGUUGCGAUGCUUGAAGCUGUUCAUUGCGGGUGUUUUCCAUUGUGUCCUAAUAGGUUAGUCUAUCCUGAAAUAUUUCCAAAGGAUUGCCUUUACAACACUGAUCAACAACUUUUUAAACAACUCCGAAGAUUCUGCAGGAAACCCACACUUGUGCGUAACUACAACAGAAGCAGAUUGAAUGCAAUAACCUCAAAGUGUAGCUGGACUGCUCUCAAAGAUCACUACAUCAAUUUGUUUACAAUUAAUUAAGUAAACAAUGCGUGUUUAUCUAUAUGCUUAAUGCAGAAGCAGUUGGCGCAACGGUUGUGGCUCGGACUCUCAACCUUGAUGUCAGGGGUUCAAAACCCUCGCUGUGCAAGUCACUUGUGUCCUUGGGCAUGGCGCUUUAUCUACGUUUGUCUCUCUCCACCCAGACUGCAGUACGGGAGGAGUGGGGAACCCUCCACAGCCUUGAACAUUCUGGCCCAAACGAUAAAGAAAGACGGGCACUGUGACCUGUGAGCCCAGAGCUUCAGGUUUCGAGCUUUACCUUUAUGCAGAUAACCUUAAUGUUUCUCCUACCUCCCUCUAUGGCUCAGUUGUUAACAUGGUUCAUUAAAUUAAAUACUGGUACAGUAUUUAGGAAUAUCCACAUCUUGUGAUCUCUAAUGGCACACCGACAUUAAAAAUACUGUGUUAUUCAAAUAUAAUCCUUUUAUAAUAA